AUAUGUUGAAGGCCAAUGAUAAAAAAAUAGAUGUCAAUAAUUUAAAUCUUGAUCGCUCAUAUACCCUUGAAGAAUUCGAAGUUAUCAACGACCAGGUCAAAACACGCACACUAGAAAUUGACGGACAUCCCGUCAACCUUUUUGAUCUCGACAAAAAUGGCAAGCUUAUCCCUAUGCCACAAUCAUCUUACUCAAGAGAAAAGGUUGUUGCUGAGAUUGUUAAACAACUCGGUAACUGGAAUGUCUGGACACAGCAAAAUGGGGGCGUUACCUCAUCACAAGGAGGAUUCGAUUUUGAUGUUGGGAGUGGUAAAACAAUUAGAGCGCCUGAUAUUGCUUAUACACCCAAAGAAAUAGAUCGUAAAUUGAAUGCACAACAGAAUUGGAGUUUUAAAGGUGAUCCUUUCACCCCUAUAUUUGUUAUCGAAGUUGAAAGUAUUUUAACUCAUUCAAAGUUUGAGGAACUUGAUAAAAAAUUCAAUGAUGUAUACUUCGCGGAGGGGACUUCUAAAGAUGUUAAUGCUAAGGAUUUUUUACCAAGGUUUAUUUUAGAAAUAUGGAAAAUUGAGCAUGUAAUUUCACAGCGAGAAUCGGUAUCACCUGAACCAACUGAAAAUAAUACACCACACAAUUGUCCUUACUGUUCAGAAACCUUGCUAACUACAAAGUUAACUCAAACAGAAAAUGCCGAGCUCAAGAAUGAAAUUGUAAAAUUAAAACGAGCUGUUAAGAAUAUUGAAAAGCAAAAUCGAACAGUUACUAAUAAUUUAACCCCACAAGGCCUGCUUUCACAGAAAUCUCCAGAAUAUUCCACUCCAUUACCUAGCAAGCAUUGCUCAAAUGGUGAAAAUGCGCAGAUUAAAGAUUCUUCAACUCGCCACGAAGCGGAUCAAUCAGCAUAG